UUUCCUUUGAACUGCGAUUUGUAACAUUUCGCCCUUUUCCAAUCCUCGUACAUCUCCCUUACCAUCUCGCCUCGUUACCAGGAAAUCCAAUGGCCGGUAUAUUCGAGGCUCCGCGCAAUGCGGGCACACUCUUUCUCGGUGGCCAGAAGAUCAGCGGCGCAGAUAUUCGAGAUCAGAACGUGCUUGCAACACAAGCAAUCGCCAAUGUCGUAAAAUCCUCCUUUGGGCCUUCGGGAUUGGACAAAAUGAUGGUGGAUGAUAUUGGAGAUGUCACAGUCACCAAUGAUGGUGCCACAAUUCUAAGUCUACUCGAUGUCGAACACAUGGCAGGAAAGAUCCUGGUUGAUCUGGCUCAACAACAAGAUAAAGAAGUGGGAGACGGGACAACGUCUGUCGUACUCAUUGCCGCAGAACUACUAAGACGGGCGAACGAGCUGAUGAAAAACCGGAUACACCCUACUGUCAUCAUUACAGGAUAUCGAUUAGCCUUGCGAGAAGCGGUCAAGUAUAUGCAAGAGAACAUCAGUACAAAGGUGGAGACUCUUGGAAGAGACAGCCUAGUCAACAUUGCUAAGACAUCAAUGUCGAGCAAGAUCAUCGGUGCAGACGCAGAUUUCUUUGCCAACAUGGUGGUCGAUGCAAUGCAGUCUGUCAAGUCAGUCAACACCCAGAGAAACGAAGUCAAAUAUCCUGUUAAAGCUGUCAACAUCUUAAAAGCACAUGGCAAAAGCGCUACGGAAUCAAUCCUAGUCAAGGGAUAUGCUUUGAACUGUACUGUCGCAUCACAAGCAAUGAAGACUCGGAUAACUGACGCCAAAAUUGCCUGUCUUGACAUGAACCUGCAGAAGGAACGGAUGAAGCUCGGUGUACAGAUCACGGUCGAAGAUCCCUCACAGCUAGAAAAGAUCCGAGAACGGGAGGCCGGAAUCGUUCUAGACAGAGUUGACAUGAUUCUCAAAUCCGGGGCAAAUGUUGUUCUGACAACCAAGGGCAUCGACGACCUCGUCUUGAAGGCCUUUGUCGAGCGUGGUUGUAUGGGUGUCCGAAGAUGCAAAAAGGAAGACCUGAGGCGCAUAGCAAAAGCCACCGGCGCAACUUUAGUCAGCACCUUGUCCGACUUGAAUGGCGAUGAGAGGUUCGACAGGGAGUUUCUCGGACAGGCCGAUGAAGUGGUUCAGGAGCGCAUCUCAGAUGAUGAAUGCAUUCUCGUAAAAGGUACCAAGGCCUUCUCAUCAGCGUCAAUCAUCCUGAGAGGAUCAAACGACUAUCAACUCGACGAAAUGGAACGUUCCGUUCACGAUUCCCUGUGUGCUGUUAAACGAACUCUCGAGUCCGGCAGCAUCGUACCCGGAGGUGGCGCAGUGGAAACUGCCCUAUCCAUCUACCUCGAAGAAUUUGCCAUGACAGUGUCUUCCCGAGAACAAUUAGCCAUUGGCGAGUUUUCACAGUCUCUACUAGUCGUGCCAAAGACAUUGUGUGUCAAUGCAGCAAAGGAUGCAUCCGAGCUGGUGGCUCAACUACGAGUACGGCACGCACUUAGUCAAAGAGUUCAGGAAGGAGAGGCCAACGAGAAGGAGAAGGACAUUGCCAAAAAGAGGCAAUAUAAGAACUAUGGAUUAGACCUGAUGAAAGGCAAAGUUGUGGAUGUUGUGAAGAUGGGUGUCUUGGAACCCAGCAUGAGCAAGGUGAAGCAGCUCAAGAGUGCUGUUGAAGCCUGUAUUGCCAUUAUGCGAAUUGACACACUGAUCAAGUUGGAUCCACCUGAGCAGCCUCAAGACGAUGGACACGGACACUAAAGAUGCUGAUCACCUUCCUACGAACAAUCCUUAAGUCACCAUCUGGGAUCCUCCCUCAUACCAAAAAGGACGAGCUUCAUGAGUAACCCGGCUGCAACAGGGCUUGCGUUCUGACAAGCCCACACAGGUUGAACCUGGAUUCGAUGCAGGACUUCGAUCUCUCCCUGAGCUUAUCUUGUCCAUGUCGGGCCAGAUUUAAUCACAGGACUUGCAUCGAUAUGUGCUUGAGGCAGACAUUCGUGGCCUACUAAUCGUUGUCCUGUUCAGGAAUCCGGAACUCCAUACGAGGCCGAUUUUUGAUGUUGUGAGGUCAAUGCAGUGCAUGGGCAAAAAUGCCAGAUGUAGAAAAGAAUAGAAUGAAAGUUGGGAGCAAGACUUCUGUACUUCUAGUUACGAAUAUCAAGCCAAACAUUCUUAUU